AUGUCAUUGGAGAUCUACCCCGCGUCCCCCGCGGACGCGCCCGCUCUCACACAAGUCUUCUAUGCCACUUUCCGCAGCGAUCUCGACACAACUAUGUUCCCAAACAAGCCAGACGUGACCGAAUGGUGGGUGAAAUCAUUCAGCACCGAUAUCCAGCGCUCAAUCGCAGGCGAGACUAGCGAAAUAUUUCUCAAGGUGACGGAGGGGUCGGAAAGUGGCCCCAUUGCCGCGUUCGCGAAAUGGAAGCGUCCCGCACCUUUAGAUUGCGAUCGACAGGAACAGAUCGCUUGGCCUCCUAGUAGCGAUAAGGAGCUUUGCGAUCGGUUCUUCUAUGGUAUGGAAUCACGACAUGAGAAGUGGAUGGGGGAGAGGCCUCACUAUUAUCUCGAUAUGCUGGGUGUUCACCCUUCCUACCAGGGCAAGGGACUGGGCUCGAAGCUUCUCAAUUGGGGUCUAAAGCGCGCUGAUGAUGAAGGUGUGGAGGUUUUCCUCUCAGCCUCUCCGGAUGGGAGACCUUUGUAUGCGAAGUAUGGGUUCCGGGAGGUUGAUACCUUUAUACCUUACCCCGACUAUACGCUGGUGGCGAUGAUACGCUCACCCAAUCGGCAAUAG